AUGGCUGUCUGGGAGACUGAUGACGAACACGGCGGCCCGGUUGCCGCCACCGCGCUGCCCACCCCACGAGAUACACCACACAGAACACCAUCGCGAAGUUCGAGAAAGUCACGACGCUCAGUUACCCCUCCGAACGGCAAGAAGAGCCCCUCACCACCCCCGGUACCCAAUGAAAAGAGCUCGAAGCGGUCCUCGAGAAACAUCACCAAUGAAGAUAACAUCAGCGUCCUCGACCCCCGCCGUUUUACACCAACCCUGCACGCUAACCUGGUAGCCGAAAUCCUUAACUUGCGACGCGACCAAGAGGAGAAGACGAAGCUCAUUGAGAAUCUAGAGGUGUCGUUGCAUGCUUCUCGCGAGGAACAGGAAUCACUUCAGGAAUCGGUAGCCACCACCACCAAGGAAAGCAGGUCCUUGAAACGUCAACUUGCUCUGCUCGAAGGUGGAACCUCUUCUGCAUUGGGCGAACUUGCUCGUGAAAGGGAUGAGGCCGUCGACUCCAUCACAGAAACGAAGAAAAGACUUGAGGCCGCUCAGAAGAAAAUUCGAAGUCAGGAGGAAGCCGAGCAAAAGAUUCACGACCUCUGGUCCCAAGACAAGGAUUCCUGGGAAGAAGAGAAGCGCAAGUAUGAGCGCAGAAUACAUGUUGCGGAGAGCCGCUUGAAGGUGGUCCUCGAUGAGGUCACCGCCUACCAGGCUGCCCAGGCCAAUGGCCAUGCCGCUGAGAGCGACAUGGAAGACAACAAUGAUGCCGCCAGUGUCCGCACCAUGAGUAUGACAAACAGCGUUCGAUUUUCCAUGCAACAAAGCCCUGGCAAGGUCAAUAACGUCAACUCUCUCGCCGAUGAGCUGAACCUCGAUGGCGACGAUGACUGGCAAACCGAUGAUGGUGGACGUGAGAGCGCCUUGUCUUUCCAUCGCCACACAAGAAACAUGAGUCGUGAAAGCGUACUCUCCAGAAUCCACCGACGAAACCAAAGUCUCGAAAGCCCUCAGCGCCCUGGAAGCGUUACGCGAGGCAGACUCUGGAUGAACCAGCCUGUCUUGGAGGCCCUGGAAGACGGGAUCCAAGAGGACGACGAGGAUUUGAUGCCACCGCCUCCGCCACCAGCCCCGAAGGUAACCUACACCGAUACUGGAAUUCAAUUCUCGCCCCCGCCGUCGCCACAGCUGGAGCCGGUCAAGCCGUCUACUCCUGAAGUUCCGGCCAAGAUGGAAGAACUCACCAAGCUCGAUGAGCCCGUCAAGGCUGAGAAGCCUGCUGAGGUCGAGUCCGUCCACCGUGAGUCGGAAAUUGAGGCGAUCGAAGCAAACCAGCGACGCAAGCGUGUGCAGAUCAACCGUCCCUUGUCUAUCGAGCCUCGUCCAUACAACCACAUGGUCUCGGCCGGAUCUCAGACUGUCGAAGAGCCCCUGAGCCCACCCAAGACGCCCAAGUCGCCUUACAGGUCCACGACACCCCCUCCUCCUGAAAUCCCCGUCACAGUCAUGGCAUCAUCUUCCACUCAGACCGACUUCCCCGAGCCCGAGCCUGAAGAGAAGCCGCAGCCUCUGCCGGAGCUGAAGCCCGUUCAGGAGCUGCUCAUCCCCAGCAUCAGCAUCAUCCCGCCGACGAGCCGUCCUACCACGCCCAGGGAGCCUAGAUUGCCGCAGUACACGAAGGAUUUUGGCUGCCAGGUGUCUAUCAUUGCGUCCGCGCCAAUGAAGUCAACUGCUGUGCAGACCGAAGAGAUCCUCGUCGACAAGCGCUUGGCCAAUCUCCCCGCGCACCUGCGACCUUCCGCAAUCUCCUCCAGGCCAUCAUCUCCCAACAUUGCUACUGCCAUCACGACGGAUGACCCUCGCCACUUUUCGCCCGUACCAAAUCACCUUCCCCCAAGGAACCCCAGAAGACUGGCUACCAAGCGCAGUCUGACGGAUAUGCCUUCGUCUCCACCAACUUCGCCCAUGUCGCCCAUGUAUGACAUGGACACCAAGGAUGCCUACCCUGGCAACAACGAUGAUGGGCCUCUUUCUGGAAACAAGGCACCCAUGCGACGCCCGCACCGUAUCAGCAGCCUUUUCGCCGGUUUUGAUGAGCACAGCUCUGACGAGCAGGAUGAGUUUGCCGAUGCGGAUGUCAGCGACUCGGAGUACCGCACCGUUCUUACUGCCCCUGGCAUGAGAAUGACGGAUUCCAGAGCUUCCAACCGUACAUCAGUGAGCACAUUUGCUGCCUCGCCGGCAUCGCCAGAGCAGACUUUAAAGAAGUCUGCGAUUGCCCGAGGCGCGGUGCGUUCUAUGGGGCCUGAGAGCUAUGGAUUCGGCCAGGAGAACAAGGAGAUGGGUUCCAAGAAGCCGCCCAUGAAGUCUUCGGCACGUGGCGGAUACGACAGAUCUAACGCUGGUCCUUCCAGCCGACCUAAUGGUAUGCGCAAGGCCGCCUUGAUCCAGAGCGGCAUCUCGAGUCACCAGGGCCGUCCUAGAAGCCCUAGUAUUCCCGAGGCUCAGCCUCCCUUCCCUAUACCCACGCGAGCCAGCUCGAGGAGGCCACCAUUCAGUGCUAGCGCGCCGAGUGAUGGUCAGCGAAGCCCGACGAAGAUGGACGCUCCCUGGCACCGCCGGGGCAUUGGCCGCAGCCACUACCGUGCCAACAGCAUUCGCAAGACUCGUUCCGCCGCCGCUCUGCCUAGGACGCAGAGAAACAGGAGGCACGGCAGUCGAUCGCCGCCGCCGAUCCCCCAGCACGCGGAGACCCCGGAAAGCCCUGGCCUUCCCCCUCUUCCGUACAACGACAUCACCAGCCCCAGAUACGACACGAGCUCCAAUUACAGGUCGCACAGGUCUCGCCUGUCUACGAACACAGCUCAGACUGCUACCACCGACCUCGCUUCUGUCGGCGGUGUCUCGCAAAGCGCGGUGUCCAACGGCGCCACUUCCAACGCAGCAUCCAGCGGUGCUGCCUCUAACGGCACCAAUGGCACGGCCCAGGCCACCGGCGUUGUCGAUGCCAUUGCGCAGACCAUGGUUGGCGAGUGGAUGUUCAAGUACGUCAGGAGACGCAAGUCUUUCGGUGUCUCUGAUGGCGGCAAGGACGAUUCCAGCAAUGACCGCCACAAGAGAUGGGUCUGGCUGGCCCCCUAUGAGAGGGCCAUCCUCUGGAGCAGCAAGCAGCCCAACUCUGGCAAUGCUCUCCUGGGCAAGCCAGGACGCAAACUCACAAUCCAAUCUGUGCUAGAUGUCAAGGACGACAACCCCCCGCCCCGCGGCCAGGGCAAUGUUUUCAACCGAUCCAUCCUGAUUUUGACGCCGCAGAGAGCAUUGAAGUUUACAGCCACGACAUCGGAGCGACACUAUGUGUGGUUGACUGCGCUGUCCUUCCUCGCCCACUCGACCCAGGCGCUUCCCGAAAUCACACCUUCCCCUCAACCCGUGAAGGAGACUACGGUACCGGACUUUGAAAUGCCUCAACCCAACAGGCGAACUGGCAUCCGUGAUUCGAUCCGACUGACAAAGAGCAAGGCCCCGAUAAUCAGAGACGCAGCACCUAGCGUACCAAGUGUCCCCAGUAUCCCCAGCGUGCCUAGCGUCCCCAGUAUUCCCUCGUCUCGUGUUGGCGACAGCGGCAACUACAGGCAGCAGGAGCAAUACGCUCCUAUGCCGAACAUCAACAAUAACAACACCAAUACCAAUACCCAUCAGCGCGAGCGGUCAGAGCGGUCAAUUGAUGCGGCGGAACCGCCCUUCAUCCCUCGCUUCACUGAGCGUGGAGAGCGUGGAAACCCGACAGGUGUUCAUGGGCGCAAGCGCAGCAACACUGGCGGCCACGUCCCGCCACCGCUAUCUUUCCGCGGCUUCUCCGGACCUGGCAGCAUCGGGCAGCACAGCUACACCAACAGCAACGCCGGCAACAGCGUGGGCACGGCCGGCUCAUCAGACAUCUACCAGUCUCACCAGUCCCAACCCUCCACCGGCGGGGCACCGAGCUGGCCCAUGAGCACCGCCGGCUCCCAGCGCACAUCAGAGGCCUCGUCCCGCCCGGGUGCCAACUUCUUUGAUGCCAUCGGCACGGUUCGCAUGGAGGCCUUCAUCAGCCCGCUGGCCUACUCCCGCUUCGAUGGCGACCCCGACGAGCACGAGGAGUACAGGUACCGAGCCCGCAGGCGAAGCAAGGAGCUCCGCCGCCGCCAGAGCCGCAGCCGUCACCGCGACAGCUACAGCUCGCGCGGCACCCGCACCACCGACGGCUACUACAGCCGCAUGGGCACAGAAGAUGACUUCUUCCGAGACGACCCGUUCAAGGGUUUCUAA